AUGCAGAAGUGGAUCCUCGCUGCCUCUCUCAUCCUCCCCUUCACCGCGUGUGUCGGCGGUGUUGCUGUCCCAAGGGCUGCAGCAGCUACAGACUGCAAACAAGUGCAUAUGAUUGUUGCCCGCGGAACGAACGAGGAUCCAGGUGAAGGCCCCCAGAUGGCCAUCGCCGAUGCCGUCGAGAAGAUGCUCCCUGGGAUUGCCGACUCUGCUGCCCUUGAUUAUCCUGCCUCCAUCUUCCCUACCUAUGCCAAAUCCGUUGCCACCGGUGUCACCAACAUGAAGAACAUGAUCACCGAAUAUGCUGCCCGAUGCCCACAGAGCAAGAUUGUGUUAAUGGGAUACUCCCAGGGAGCCCAAGUUAUUGGUGACAUGCUCUGUGGAACUGACGAGGUCUUCUUCCCAUCCUCGGAUCCCAUCUCCCCUGCAUUGGGAAAGAAAGUUGUCGCCGCUAUCUCCAUGGGAGACCCCACUCACGUUCUUGGUGUUCCAUACAAUGUUGGAACCAGUGACCAUGCCGGAUGGUUCCCCCGCCGCAAUAACGAGGAGUGCGCUGGCUAUGAUUCCAUUCGCCGCUCUUAUUGCGAUGAUGGUGACGUGUAUUGCGAUGCUGGAAACGACGGCGAUGUCCACGGCAGCUACUUUGCCAAGUACGGCGCCGACGCCGCCGCUUUCAUUAUUUCCAAGGUCCAGAGCUAA